CGCAGGCCGUGUCCGGCCGGCCCUGAACAGCCGCGGAGCAGCGGUCGGGAGCGGCCGGCCCGGGCGGGCGGGAAGGGCGGCCAUGCACGCGCGCGCUGCGGGGCGCUGAGGAGCGGGCUGUUGCCCUCGGGUGCUGUACCCGUGGCGGGAUGGAGCUUGCGGCCGCGCCCUGGCCCAGCGUGGCGCCGGAGCUGAGCCCCGAGGAGGAGCAGGCCACCAAGCAGUUUCUUGAAGAGAUUAACAAGUGGACUGUUCAGUACAACGUUUCCCCACUCUCUUGGAACGUGGCCGUCAAGUUCCUCAUGGCCAGGAAGUUUGAUGUGCUCCGGGCCAUCGAGCUGUUCCACUCGUACAGGGAGACACGAAGGAAGGAAGGCAUCGUGAAGCUGAAACCUCAUGAGGAACCUCUCCGUUCCGAGAUCCUUAGUGGGAAGUUCACCAUCCUGAAUGUGCGGGAUCCCACAGGAGCCUCCAUCGCCCUCUUCACUGCCAGGCUGCACCAUCCCCACAAGUCGGUCCAACACGUGGUCCUCCAGGCGCUGUUUUACUUGCUGGACAGGGCUGUUGAUAGCUUUGAGACUCAGAGGAAUGGCCUGGUGUUUAUCUAUGACAUGUGUGGUUCUAAUUAUGCCAACUUUGAGCUGGAUCUUGGCAAGAAAGUCCUCAACCUGCUGAAGGGAGCGUUUCCGGCCCGCUUGAAAAAGGUGCUCAUUGUGGGUGCUCCCAUCUGGUUCCGAGUGCCCUACUCCAUCAUCAGUCUCCUCCUGAAGGACAAAGUUCGAGAGAGGAUUCAGAUAUUAAAGACAUCUGAGGUUACUCAGCACUUGCCCAGGGAGUGCCUUCCAGAAAAUCUGGGUGGGUACGUCAGAAUGGACCUCGCCACAUGGAACUUCCAAUUCCUGCCCCAGGUGAACGGCCACCCAGAUCCCUUCGAUGAGAUCAUCCUGUCCUCCUUCCCUCCUGCCUUAGACUGGGACUCGGUACAUGUUCCAGGUCCCCACGCCAUGACCAUCCACGAGCUAGUGGACUAUGUUAACACCAAGCAGAAGCGGGGGAUUUAUGAGGAGUAUGAAGACAUUCGUCGGGAGAAUCCCGUUGGCACUUUCCACUGUUCCAUGUCUCCAGGAAACCUGGAGAAGAACCGCUAUGGGGAUGUCCCCUGCCUGGACCAAACUCGAGUGAAGCUGACAAAACGAAGUGGCCACACUCAGACAGAUUACAUCAAUGCCAGCUUCAUGGAUGGCUACAAGCAGAAGAAUGCUUACAUCGGCACCCAGGGCCCUUUGGAAAACACCUAUCGCGAUUUCUGGCUCAUGGUGUGGGAGCAGAAGGUCUUGGUGAUUGUCAUGACCACCCGCUUUGAGGAAGGUGGCAGGAGGAAGUGUGGCCAGUACUGGCCUUUAGAAAAGGACACUCGGAUCAGAUUUGGCUUCCUCACAGUGACCAACCUGGGUGUGGAGAACAUGAACCAUUAUAAGAAAACAACGCUUGAAAUUCACAACACUGAGGAGCGGGAGAAACGCCAGGUGACCCACUUCCAAUUCCUGAGCUGGCCAGACUAUGGUGUCCCUUCCUCGGCAGCGUCACUCAUUGACUUCCUGAGGGCCGUCAGGAACCAGCAGAGCCUGGCCAUCAGCAGCAUGGGCGUCCGCUCCAAGGGGCAAUGCCCUGAGCAGCCGCCCAUUGUAGUCCACUGCAGCGCAGGCAUUGGCCGGACAGGUACCUUCUGCUCACUGGACAUCUGCCUGGCACAGCUGGAGGAGCUUGGCACCCUCAAUGUGUUCCAGACAGUGUCACGCAUGCGGACCCAGAGGGCCUUCAGCAUCCAGACACCCGAGCAGUACUAUUUCUGCUACAAGGCCAUCCUGGAGUUUGCAGAAAAGGAGGGCAUGGUGCCCUCUGGCCAUAACCUGCUGGCCAUGGAGGGUCAGUAACUGCCCCACAGUGUCCUGCCUGCUGGCCACCUCCCUUAGAUCAUCCUGGACACCACUGAGCCUCUAGGUUGCCAUCGGUUCUGCCGAAGCUGUGAUCAGCCUCUUCCUUGGCUCCUGGCACCCGCGUGCACACAGGACAGCCUCUCCCUUCAGCCAGAUCGAUGUGGUGGAGUUGCCACUAAAAAGGGCCAGCAGUGAUGUGUUCUUGACUCCUAGCACCUGCUAUCGAACUGUGCCUUAUUAAAACCAAAUUGUG